CAGAAACCACUGUUGAUACGACCCACAAAAGCAGCGUCGUCUCUGUCGAUAUAGAGCAGAACUCCUUGGCCACAAAAUCGCCUGAAAUAGACGAGAAGAAUCCUCGAGACAAUGGUGGAAAUGUACCCAAGUGGGUGCUAUUUCUGCCAAUGAUGGUCUUCCUGAUGGUGUUGACCGGCUACUUCAUCGCUACACGCACGGUUGUUGCUUCGGCACAAGGUCAACCCCGAGCCUUCCUGCGGCGCUCUGUUGUGCAACAGUUCAACGCGACAGCUGUAUUCCAGGUCCGUACUAGCAGUGGCAUGGUCAGCGGACGCUUGCUGACCGUUGGAUCUCGAAGGCUAAAGGCGUUUUAUGGGAUCCCUUACGCUCAGGCUCCAGUCAGGGAACUGCGUUUCCGAAAGCCUGUACCGGUCGACGUACCGGACAACGUUCCCGACGUUGUACUUGUCAGGCGAAAGCGGUUCCCCUGUCCACAAAUCAGCCCAAGAGGAAUGGUUGGCGAAAGGUCCUCGAACGAGAACUCCACCGAAGAGUGCCUUCAUCUCAACGUCUGGGCUCCGUCGGACAUUGGAACUCUAGGACGACGAACGGUGCUCUUCUACAUACACGGUGGGUACUUCGAACAAGGGAGCAACGACCUUCCAUCCAACGACGGUCAGAUCCUGAGCGCGGAUGGAGACGUCGUGGUGGUCGUGCCCAACUACAGACUUCACAUCUUCGGCUUCCUUAACGCUCACAUGGUGACAGCUCCCGGCAACGCCGGUGUAUACGACGUCAUCCUUGCGCUCCAGUGGUGUAUUCGCAACAUCGCUCAAUUCGGCGGGGAUCCCGAGAAAAUUGUGCUCGUUGGACGAGACGCCGGAGCGGUCAUUGCCGGAUACCUCAUGGUCUCCCCGCUCACAAAAGGUAUGGUGAAACGCUACAUCCUCUUGAGUGGCUCACCCUUCUGGACGCCACCUGACAACCACGGUCUCUCAGCACUCACCAAUCUGCGUGCUCUCGCCAAACACUUCCACUGCGACCGCGAAGACGAUGUCGAAUCCGUCGCGUGCCUCUCCCAGGUCGACCUCUACGACAUCAACGACACUCCCGACAUCCAUCGCUAUCGCAUGUAUCCGAGUGACAACGAUGAACUCUUGCCCUUCUUUAUACCUGAAGGGCUUCAUCAGGUCGCUGACUACUCAGUUGUUGAUGUCUUGCUCGGCAACGUUAUCGGAGAAGGUCGCCAGAUCGCGUCCAACAGCAUCAGUAUUUCCUUAUCCAACCUGCUCAACAGGACACUACGACGCUUUGGAACGUCGUAUCUCGGGAAGUUUGGCGUGCGAAGUCCCGAAGCAGCCAUGAAAGAAUAUGACGUCUAUGGAGCCUUGAGCCGUGAAGCCACCCUCGGAGAUAUCGUAGGGGACUUUAUGAUACAAUGUCCUCUACAGUUUCUGGCGGAUGAACUGUCGAGUAGGGGGCGCAAGGUGUACUAUUUUUUGAUGGACUACAAUCCUUGGGCGGAAGUUUUGCAGAACGAGGGAGCGAGGGCUUAUCACCUGGACAACUCCCUGCUCUUCGGCGAGCCCAUGGAGAAGGCUUCGCCUCAAUUGGUAGAGUUGAGCAAGAACGUCAUCUAUGCGUGGACGACGUUUGCGAAGACUGGCUCUCUCACGCUGGCAAGCGGUCUACCAUGGCCCGCGUACACGAAGAUGAACCGGACCUACGUCAUAUUCAACGGCAUCCGCGACGAGAUCCUUCACGGAUUCCGCGAACGCCAAUGCUCCUUCUGGGCGAAGCCCCCUCCAUCUCCGUCCUUCGCAGAUUUACCCUUUAUGAAACAACCUUAGCUACCACCGUUGAUUUCCAUAUUUAAUAUAUGUACGUGUGCAUGUUUGA